UGCUGCCAUCGGAUUUAGAAAAAUGGAAAAUGAAGAUGAUGGUCAGAAUUCCACCUCAUUCAGUGAAAGUUUACUUGAAGAGGGGAGCAAUUCGAUCUUCUCAACUCCAGAAAAGCCUGGUGAUGUUCCAAUAAGCAAGAAUUACACUCUCCAACACGAUGAAACCGGCAGGCUGUAUACAUGCUCAGUCUGUGAUAAAACCUUCAGAAGCAAGUCAAAUCUGAAUUGUCAUCUUCGAAUGCACGCAGGGCAGAGACCAUACAGAUGUGGAAUUUGCCAUCGACCAUUUCCACGACUGAACAACCUUCGUGCUCAUAUUUCAAAAAUACACAGCAAGACCGACCAGGAAUUGGGGAUGUUUGUUGAAAAAAGCCGGAUUAUGUUUACACAGGAAAAUAACAGUCCAAAUAUCAACUCAAGCAUAAAUAUGCCAACAAAUUUCCCAGAGUCUUUUUAUUUGGAUAAUGAAGCUGCUGAGAGGGAUGAAACUCCUAAUGGAAAAAUGAAAACAGAGGAAGAAACAAUAAUGUGCACUGGCAUGUCAGAAUCAAGUCCUUCAGAGGCACCUAUUAAUGAUGCCAUGAACACUUUUGACUCUGUGAGAUGCCCCCUCUGCUCCCUUUGCCUUAUUUCAAGAGAUGCUCUUAUUAAGCAUCUCAUUGAUGACCAUUAUGUGAGCCCAGAAUGUAUUGGCACACUUCUGCAUGUAUUCAAAGAUGCUUUAGAAUUUGUAAAGCCAAAGAAAGAUGAUUCUUCAAAUGUCAAAUCAGAGUUGAAAGAUGCUGUAGAAAAUGAAGUCCUUAAUUCACAGAGGACACCAGAACAUAACAUAGAUUUUUCCAGUAUUGACAAACCACUAUCAUUGCAAGUAGAGACAAAUAAUGCCGCAUUAUUUCAGCUGGGAAUCAAAUCAGAGUUUGGCGAGAGUGAUUUUGAAGAUUCGCAUUCCAGCUUUAACGAUUUCAAUGGAGAGUUGCCGUAUGAGGUGUUGAACGAAAAUAGCCGUGAUGAGAAGAGCUACCGGUGCCGUCUGUGUGGCUUCACAUGUGAUCGCAGGUAUUACAUGACCAAUAAUCAUAUGCUUAAGCAUACAAAGACAAAGCCGUUUGUGUGUGUUAUUUGUUCCAAAGGCUAUACUCGCAGAUAUGUUCUCACAGGUCAUGUUAUGAAGUCUCAUAAUAUCUAUGGUGAAGAGCUGGCUAAUGUGGUUGAGGCCUCGGAUCUAACUUCAAACAAAGGCACUGCUGGUACAAGUCUGGCAGAUUCCAGCAUAGACAUGAGCGAAUAUCAGGAGUCAGAGAUGGAUGUUAGUUCUGAAGUGAGAGAAGGACUUGAUGGAGGAAUCCAUGGUGGAAAAGAUCAAUCUGAAAUAAAACAUGAGGCAUCAUUUAAUCACCUUACAAAGUUUCCGCAUAUCAAACCGAAAUUAAAAAUGAAGGGCAAUGGAAAUGGUACAGAAAAUAUUGAUGAAAAAAAUCUAGACUUGAUGAAUGAACAAUUGCCAUACAGUACAGUGGAAGUUGAGAAAAAUGGAAGUAUUGAACAUAUUUAUAAGUGUGGUCUCUGUGGUUUCACCAGCACAAGGAAGUGGUACCUUCUCACAGCCCAUAAACAAAAACACACUGGUCUGUCAAAAUCAUUCACAUGUUCAAUUUGCAAAAGUUCCUACAGUCGUAAAUAUGAUUUAAGAAAGCAUAUCGUACGGAAGCACCAGAUCCUUGGUGAUAUGCUUGAAGCUAUACUAGACGCUACCAAAGAGGAAACUAAGUAUAAUGAUGCAGAAUCUGGAGAUAUCAGUCAGAACAUGGAAAACAUGAAGCAAGAAAAUACUAUAUAUAACAUGAAACAAGAAAGUAGGGUGUAUGAUAAUCAUAGUGAAGACAAUGGUGAAAGGAUAGAAAAUGGACUUCAUGUUGAAAACAAUUAUUUAGAAAAUAUUCAGCCUGAUGAAGAAUGUGAUGACAGUGGUGAGGAAGAACAACUUCAGGGAGAUGAAAUACAGAAUGAAAAUCAUGAUGGCACUGAGAGGAGUGAUUUGAAUAAGAGUGAUGCAAUUGAUUUAAGUUCUGUAAGGAAAUCUGAUGAGGUUAAUGUGAAAAAUAUGCUUGCAACUCCGGACUUGAUGACAAUGAGUCCUGCAGCAGCAAUAGCAGCAGCAGCAGUGGCAGCAGCAGCAGAAGGUGUGUUUAAAGCAAGAAGGUAUCAAGGCAACUUACCUUUUAAUGAGAUGAUUAAAGCUGAAAUUGAUAAAAAUACUUUAUCAUGUUUGAGAUGUGGUAAGAAGUGUUCCACUUACAGCAACUUGAAGCAGCAUGUCAGGAUUGUUCACUACAAUGUGAAGGAGUUUGUGUGUCACAUCUGCUAUAAAACAUUCAACACAAACUACAACUUGAAAGUCCACUUGAAACAGCAUGUGGACACCAACCAGAAAAAAUCAUCCCACAUAUCCUGCCAGGUUUGCUACAAGAUGUUCAUGAACCAGUCAAACCUGGAAGCUCACAUGAUUUCUAAGCAUGGAAUUAGUUUAGAGGAAACACAGGAAAUAGCAAAAAGUCAUAGAGGAGUCAUGUUAAAGCCAGCUGAUGGAGAGGAUGAUGUGGGUGAGGUUUUGCUUCCUCCUGAGGUUGAUAUGGGUAAAGGUCAUGAUGAGAUGGAUACAGAAGUUGAUCUGGCCAUUGUCAAGAAGGAAAGGGAAGAAAUUGCUGAAUUAACUGAUGUAGUAGGUAGUUAAAAGAAUGGCAAUGAGGCUUGGGAAGAUAGUUAGAAGACAUGCAAUGUGUUCAGGGAGAUACUUAAAAGACAUUGGAUUGGUUUGGAUAGUUAAUUUAAAGAAUUUCAAUGGGGUUGUUUUGCUACAGGCAUAAUGAUGAUGUUCCAAAUAAGUGAACAAGUACAUGCGUGUAACAUUUUUGUUAAUGUUUUUUUAAUAUUUUCCCCCAAAAAAUUGAGCAUUUAGUUGUUUGUCUAUACCACUUUUUGUGUCUCAUCAACGGCCAGUUCAUCUUCAAUGAAACAUUAUAGCAACCCACCCUAACACGAGGAGAUGCACAUAUUUUCAGAAGGUUCCAGUUUGAUGAUCUGUGAUUUUUAAUUUCUUUAUAUUGCUAUAUAGGUAUAUAUAUUUAUUUCAGUAAGUAAUACAUGAUACAUGGCUAAAAAACAACACCAUAUAUACAUGUAUGUUAAAUAAUUAAACAUUAAUUACAACAUGAGGCCUAAACAAACACCACAUGAACACCAAACACCAAGGAUAACACACAAAAAAUGUUAACUCUUACUUCCAUUUUGGCCCUUUGUGCUGUUGACAUGACAUAUGUUGAUAUAGGACCAGUCUGUCCCACCAUUCAUUACCGUCUUGAAUUCAAUUCAACUGUAUGGGAAACUUUUAUUAGGAGAUGCACAUGUUAUAAGCACAUUGUAGUUUGAUGAGUUUUCACAGAGUAAUGGUCCUUCUGUUUUCUGAUCAGUGUGAAUAAAGUCCAUUCCUGUCCUGGCUAUUUUUCAGCAACUUCUGGCUUGAAUUUAAUGAAAUAUUAUUGGGAGCUUAACUUGCACAUAUUGUCACUUCUCAGAACAUUCUGCAUUCUGGCUCAGUGAGUUCUGAACCUUUCAAUUUCUAUAAAGUAUGAUAUUCGUGUUUGGACUAUUUCUCUGCCACUACAAGCUUGAAUUCAAUACAACUUUAUAGAAAUCUUUAUUUACAAUAGGAAAUGUGCAGAUUAUCAGCAUGUUUAACGUAAAUGAGUUUUUGCCCUUUUAAAUCCUAUAUAGUGUGAUAUUGGAUCAUUAGUGUCGGGGCUUUUUCUCAGCAACUACCAGCAAGAGAUGAUGCAGGUAUUGACAGCAUGUUCCGGUUCGAUGAUUUGUCACGGACUGGCACCCUGUCGGGGAGUAUACAUCUUUUCCAACGAUAACUUUAUUGACCAUUAUUUUUAAAUCUUUCUUUUGUGAUGCAUAAUAUUUAUAAUAUUUUGGAAUGUCAUGCUAAAACUAAAACAUUUUGAGAAACUGAGUAUUGGGGACAAAAUGCUUACAUUCUAAACCUAAAUUCAUCUGAUCUAAAUGCAAUUUCAUGGUAUUCUAAAAAGCCUUAAAAAUGAUAGAAAGUAUAUAUCUUGUAUGUUAAUCAGGUAAUAGUGUUACAUUCUUGUUUGAUUUGAUUGAUUAAGCUUAGACAUGAGGAUCAGUUUAGUAUUACCUCUGAUAGUAUUAGUUUAAGGUAUGACUAUUUUACUUUCAUUAUUGCCAUUUUCCUAAAUGUGUGUAUAAUGUGCUGUGUUUAUGUCUAAUAUGAAGUCAUAUGAAUGUUAUGAAAUGAUAUUUUUAUAUUUGUUUGACUAAAAGGUAUUUUUACAAAACAUGAUGCAAUUGUUGUUGAAGAGUGGAUUUUUAAGAAAUGGAUAUGCAUAUUUUUGGCCCGCUAAUUGGCAAAAUAAUUAUUUAAAAGAAAUCGUUGUUUGUAAUGUAUGCUGUAAGAAAUAUAUGUCUUAUCUAAUGCAGAUAAAAGCACUAUUGGGUUCUCUUCACUUCAUCACGGUUAAAGACCAGAUGUAAUGUAUGCAUGGUAGGGGAAUUGUUUCAUAUUUCAGUUCUGAAUUCAUGAAAAAUGGCAAAAACAUUAAUGGUACAUUCUGUACUUAUAGUUUUCCUCUAAGAUUUUCUACUAUUUAAGUGAAAUAGAAAAUAUUAUUUUCCUAUUUGCAUAAUUAAAGAUGUAUUCAUGACUUAUUUUAGCAUUGAUUAUAAAAAAAAUGCCAGACUUAAAUGAGUUUGUGUGCCAACCCGUAUCCCUUUCAAUGAAUUAAGCUGUAUUUUAAUAUCUUUUUAGUUGUUCACAGUCUCUAUAUUGUAUGCAUAAUAAUUAUGCAUUUUGUUAUCGUGUGCAUUUAACAUGUGCGAAGCACGGUUGUACAUUUUGAUAUAUUGUCAUUUAUUUUGAAUAUGUAAGUAGAUAUCUUUGAAUUUGUAUAUAAACAAAAGCAAGUAGUGAUAUUUUGAUUUUGAAUACAUAUUUUCAUUAAUUAUCUGUAUCAAGUCAAUUAAAUAUCAAAGAGAAA